AUGCCCUCAGAUCUCUCUCUCUCUCUCUCUCUCCUCCCGCGUGCUCUCUCUAUCCUCCUCGCGACAGCCGUCGCCCUCCUCCCUUGCAACUCCGGCCACCGACCACGGAUGCGGAUGGGACCGAUGCCAAAAGGACCGGCUCAGCCCCGGCGUCACGACCCGGCCCUUCCCCGACAGCGGCCGCCACUCCAGCCGCCGGAAAAAGGUGAGGUUGUGAAUGCUUGA